CGGGGGGCGGUAUCCGUGACGGCCGCAUUGACGUUAGCUCCGCUGCAUUUUGCUUUUUAAAAAUAAACAAGCGCAAAUUAUCGCCCAGUUUGUGUGUCAGUGCAUUCCCCGAGGUGUCGUGGUCGUGUCACGCAUAGGAUCAACACUUGAAGUGCAGGGAAAUUGCGACUGUGAGACAUUGAAUGGAUACAUAGUGAUCGGUGCAAACAUUUAUCAUACAUAAGUGUUGUGGCGGGUACAUUGAACUCACAGCUGAUCGGUUCAACGACCGUCCGUGCCACUGUAUACACAGUUGUCAAAUUUCGCUCGCUACGUAAGUGACACAGUGGCGCGGUUAGGUAAUCGUGGGAUUAGCUAGCACUGACUGACGCGGGAACUGUGGGUUCAAAUCUCAACACUCAAGAUUUUUUUUUGGAUUUUUUUUUUUUGUUUUUAUUUUUGUCCUGUUUUUAUCUACAACUAUUUAAUUCAACAAAAUGUCGCCGAAAGGGAAGAAAAACAAUAAGAACUGCAGUGGCUGCUUUAAAAAGAUUGAGGACCGCAGGUUCCUGGUGUGCAGUUUGUGCCGGGACUCCUACGAUUUAGAAUGCGCUGGAGUUUCCGAGCAGCGCUUCUACAACACGCUGACCGGGGACCACCGGGCCGGUUGGAAGUGCGUCUCAUGUAAGAGUCGUCAGCCAAAGACGGACAACACAAACACGCCGGUCCGAGCUUCGCCUGAGCAUGUCACGCAGCGGCGCGGCGCCUCUGAGCUCAGCCCCAUGCAGCUCGACACCACCCUGCCGGAGCAGGGGCGCGGCGGCCUCAAUGACACCGCGCUAAAUGUAACUAUCGAGGUGUCCGAUAUCCAGGCGCUCGCUUUCGAGAUCAGACACUUCAGGGAGGUUUUCACUUCCGAGCUUCAGGCGUUGAGGGAGCAGAUGGGCGCGCUGAAGGAUGAGGUGUCUGCACUCUCCGGCAGAUUGGACCGCUGCGAGAGCCGCACGAGCGCUCUGGACAAGCGGAUGGACACCAUCGAGGUCUGCCUCACGGGCGUCGGGCACGCGAACGCGGAGCGCCUGGACGAGGUCGAAAAGAGGCUGGAGGCGGUGGGGCGCGUGCAGACAGAGGCGGGCACCGGCGCCGGGUCGGGAGUCGUCGCGGCGCUGGAGCGGACCGUCGCCGAGCUGAAGCUGGAGCUCAACGACCGCGACCAGGACGCGCUCCUCGCGGACCUGGAGAUCGGGGGCCUCCCGGACGAGAAGGGCGAGAGCGUCUUUCACAGCGUCGCCGUGCUCGCCGGCCGCCUCGGGGUGACCCUGGAGGAGCGGGACGUCGUGUUCGCGGAGCGCGUGGGUGCGCCCCCGGCCGAGACCGGCGGGGCCCGCCCGCGCCGCGUGGUGGUGCGCCUGGCGCGCCGCCAGCUGCGCGACGACCUGCUGCGGGCCGCGCGCGUGCGUCGCGGCGCUACGGGCGAGGGUGGCGGCCGGGUGUACAUCAGCGAGCGCCUGACUCGCUUCAAUCGCCAGCUGUUUUAUCGGGCGCGUGAGGAGUGUCGCAGGCAGCAGUGGAGGUACUCCUGGACGAGACGUGGACGUAUAUUCGUCCGCAGGAGUGAUGGGUCCCAAGCCUUCUCGCUGAGAUCACUCGACGACCUCUCAAGAGUGUUCGGCCAAUCAAGGCCAUGACUCUUUGGA